AUGUCUACCGGUUCACCAUCAGUUAACGUCUCUCGUGAGGCAACAUGGAAGGCCCAGGGCUUCCAUGCCUCGUCCCGCAAGCCGCAACCACACCACCUCGAGAUGGAAGACUACUUCGCCGGCCCUCGCGACAUGGCCCGUCACUCGAAGCUGCCCUUCUUCAUGCGCCUUCAUGGCAGUGUCUUGCCCAAGAUGCUGCUUCCUCUGCUAUUUAUCGGCGGUUGGGCUACCGCUGUCACGCUGAUCUCAAAGUGCACAAAGGUUCACCUCGGCAUCAAUUCUCUUUUGCUCACCGUACUGGGUUUCGUCGUCGGUCUGGCGCUGUCCUUCCGCUCGUCAACAGCCUAUGAGCGCUACAACGACGGGCGCAAGUACUGGUCGCAGCUGAUGCUGACUUCCCGCAAUCUGGCUCGCCUGAUCUGGGUGCACGUCGAAGAAAGACACAGCGUGUCGGAAGAGCUGGGGAAACAAGACCUGCUGGCCAAGCUGAGCGCCCUCAACCUCCUCAAUGCCUUUGCCGUCGCCCUCAAGCACCGCCUGCGCUUCGAACCCGCCAUCGAGUACCCCGAUCUGGAGCCGUUGGUCGCCCACCUUGACCUCAUGGCUGGUACCGCCGACCAAGCCGCCCUACGCAGGAGAAAGCCUACACCGUGGAAGUCUGCUGGCGAGUAUCUCGGUGUGUCUUUUGCAGAGUCCAAUCCCCGUAAGCUCAUCAAGCGCGCCAACGACAACCUGGGCAAUCCGCCGCUCGAAAUAUUGACCUAUCUGUCGUCAUACAUGGAGCAUGUCUUCCAGGAGAAGAUCAUGACGGGCCCGAUCCAUCAGACUUGGGCCAUGAACAACAUUGGCUCGCUGGCCGACGUCCUCACCGGCUCGGAACGGGUGCUCAACACUCCUCUGCCCAUUGCCUACACAAUCUCAAUCUCGCAGAUCACCUGGGCUUACGUUCUUGUCCUGCCUUUCCAGCUGCUCAACUACCUCGACUGGGUCACUAUUCCUGGCACCAUGCUUGCCGCCUACAUCAUUCUCGGUCUUUCCAAAAUUGGCACCGAAAUUGAGAACCCCUUUGGCAACGAUGUCAACGAUCUUCCGCUUGACGACUACUGCCGCGAGCUGGCCGCUGAUAUCGACGUUAUGACCAGCACUCCUCCCCCUCGUGUCCAAGACUGGGCUCACACCCCUAAUAACCGUGUGCUUCAUCCUCUCAGCGCCACCGGCUUCGAGGGCUGGGAAAACAGGAGUCUCGAGGACAUUCGCGAGGCUCUCAGAGCAAAGGCCACUACUACAGUCAGAUCCAUUCAUGCUGAGAGGCCAGACACUCCAUUCGCUGAGCCAAAGGUUUCUACAGUCUGA